CUGUUUUUUUAACAUCAUGUGUGAUGCACCAUCAUGACUAAGCAUGCAGCACAAGCGGUGAAGAAGCACUUCGAGGCUGUGAAAGCAUCUGGGGCAGCUCAUAAGGGAAACAAUGUGUGGAGAUGCAAGUUUUGCAACCAGAACCGGGAGUGCCUCCCGCCUGAGGGAUCAUUUCCUGAAAUGUGUCUGCAAUGUCACACUUCUGAGAGGGACAAUCAGCAAGGACGAAUUGCUACGGAGGGAGCAAGGAAGAGAUGUUGCCAUUGCAGAGCUUGGAGGUGCACUUACCGGAGCUGGUGUUGAGCUUGAUUUGUCUUCGAGCGAGGAUGAAAUCGACACGGAGGAUGCAAUCACCACUGUUGCUCUCACCAAGUCCUCGACGACGCACGGCAAGCAAACGAAAAUCGUUGACAGCGCAACUAUCAUCACUGGGAAUGAGGAAACCCAGCAUACAGUCGACGAUUGGAUGACAGCUGGGUGUGUGCCCUUCAACAUGAUGCGGAGCAUGUAUUGGGAUCACAUGGUGAAGGCGCUGAUGAACGCGCCGAAGUCCUUCCAGUACGCCAAAUUCGACGAGGUGCGAACGAAAAGGGUGGCUGUCACGCGGAAGUGGGUGUUCGAGAGGAUGGAGCAGCUGCGCAAGGAAUGGCCCGGCGGAUGGUUGAGGCAGAGUUCAAACACAUUCGUUUCAGCGUCGUGCACAGCGCACAGCGUUGACCUGAUGCUCGAGCAGUUCGGGAAGAUAGGGUGGGUGGACGUCAUUCUGAAGAAGUCAACGGAGGUAGUGAAGUUUUUUAUGAACCACUCGAGGGUGCGGGACUUGCUCCUCGUCAAUUCCCAUGGAGCGAUUCUCGCAAGGCCAGGAGCGACCCGAUUCGCCACGAAUUUCAUCAUGUUGGACAACGUGCAGGACUUGUACCUGCCGCUGCGAAUGUGUUUGACGAACAAGGACUGGAAGGAUAGCAUCGUGCUUCUCGGGCAGCGACAUUUGUUUGCUGCUACGAUGGAGACCAUCCUCGACAAUGAUUUUUGGGCAGGAGUUGAGAAGGUGCAGAAGACGUCCGAGAAACUACUUCAACUCUUGAAGUUGAGCGACGGAGUUGGACGGACGAUCAGCAAAAUCUACGGCAGCAUGGACGCGGCUGUGGAGAGCUUACGCAGCGAGGAGUGCUUCACAAAAAUGGAGAGGGAAGAGCUCGAGGAGAUCAUAAUGCGGAGGUGGAACACUAUGACUUCUCCGCUGGAUUGCGCAACAGUGUUCCUUGAUCCGAGUUCAAGGACUCGAGCUUGGAAAAGGACCCUAAGAUGGAACCAGCAUCUGCUGGACAAGCUUGAGAAGAAGCCGGUUGAAAAGGAAGACCCGAAGAAGAAGCCUUGGAGGGAUGGGGUCGGGGGCUUGACGGCGGAGCAAUUGUGCGAGGAUGCAAAGAAGAGGGCGGAGGAUUGUGAGGAUGAAGAUGACAACGACGAUGAUGGCGCCCAUGACAACGGGGCCAAGGCAAGCACCAUUGCACGCCAGCGGGCCACCAGCAACUUACUUGAGCUCGAAAGGGAGUUGAACAAGGAGCUACCUUCAUGGAGGAAGGCCAUACGGCCUUCCAAGUACCUCGCCCGCUUGCAUUUGGAGGAAUCUCAACAUGAAGGCAAGACUAUGGCAUCCGAGCACGCUGAGAAGUAUAUCAAUGCAAGAGCUCAAGCGUGCGCACCCAAUGUGAAGGCGCCUGCAAAGACGCCUUCGAGGCGAUCACGUAAGGUGGCACAUGUGCAGGGCACGGAGGCAGACGAGGAGCAGGCGGCCGGAGAUGCAAAGGCAUCCGAGCGGGGGCGCAAACAGGAUGCUGGUCUCGAGGUUGCAGCAAAGGGGCCUGAAAAAAGACCCAAGGGGCGACCAAGGAAGGUGUUGCGGGAAGAGGAGGUGCAGGUGGAGGCAAGGGAGACUGGGGAAGAGGCGGAAUCAUCUCAGAAGAGCAGCACCGAAGCGUUCCGGCCUCCAGGCAAAACGAAGAGGCAGUUCCUGCCAAGGAAUGGUUUUGCCGCUCAGGAGAUGCUGUCGUAUGCUGAAGAUGUUCGCCCUCUUCCAAGAGGGGCAGGAGCAAGGUGUUGUGCACAGGAGACGUCGGCUGCGUACGGUGGGACGGACUCUCCUCGACAUCAGGAAACGAAGUCCUCGCAGACAAGUGUGAAUCUACUCGCACUUGAUAAGACUUCAGGGCGACCUCGUCUCGCAUGUCGGAAUCUCGACUCCCUACGCAAUGGCUAUCAGUUUCCCUAGACUCGCGACUCCCUUGUUUGGGGUGAGCAACGGACACCCCGUGGGCUAAACCCCAG